GCUCGGGGAGAUGGAUCGUGACAGCGGCUAGAUGAGGCUCAGCGAGGCUGAACUCCGGGCCUUCAUUUUUCCGUCUUCAAGUGACUCGGUAGCAGGAUCAUCGACUUUGAGCGACUUCGCCCGACUCAACAUCGCCAUCGCGACUCCACGCCCCCUACCAGCUGGCAAUGUUCUCUCCUGCGCUUGGGAGAGUCGCCCGCUCGACAAGCUCGAUAUCGACACGCCCUACUGCAGCCCUCAGUGCGGCCCAGCAGACCUUUUCCCGCAGACCGCAACAACAUCAGCGGCGCUUGUCUUCUUCAAAAACCUCGAUACCGCCGGAUGGGAGUGAAAGCAGGGGCUCGACACAGCAGAAUACUAGUAAUGCAACGAAUAAGGCGACGCCGAGGAAGCUGACGGGGAGGGCUGGAAAGAAGAGAGGCUCCGUAAGUACCGGGGCUGCUGCAGCUGCAAAUACCGCUGCUGCGCCGACGAUCAAUGUUCCUCAUGUCCCUCCGACAGAUUUUUUGCAGAAGCCUGAAUUGAAGAUAUCGUCCUUCUUUUCCCUCCACCGCCCAAUAUCGAUAACCUCGCCCGUCCCACCGAUAACAACAAAUGCCUCCUUCGAUACCAUAUUUCAGGCCCGAGCGCUGAACAAUAAGAAGGUUAUGAUGGACAACAUUCAAACUCUUGAAAGUGGCAUUGAGGGUAUUGAGGUGGCCUUACGUAGUCAAGGGCAGAAACAGGGGCAAGAGGAGGUUAUUCAGUCCGAAGCCGAGGUCAAGCACCUCGACGGGGCACCCCCAGCCUCAGUCGACCAGCUCAUGUCGCAUUUCCUACCUUUUAAGCCCCCACCAGCCCCCGUACCCUGGAAUCAGUCACCCGAAUCCUCACUAGCCUCCACCCAGCCACAGGAGGAACCCGAGAUACAAACCGCACCGGUAAAACAGAGAGCAUGGAGCACAGCUGUCAUCGUUACAGAGUCUGUAGACGCCUCAGGGAAUCGUACAUAUUCAGCCUCGACGGAACCUAUGGUUGAAAUCCAGGUUCCUGCGCCAGAAAACAGCCAGGAACUAGAUGAGAUCGAGAUACGGCAACCUUUCCUUGAGCGAAUGAGGCAGCGGCAAAAUAUAUAUAACCGCUACCGGGACACCCAAGGGCGCCCAGACAUGCUCCUGAUCAGUGUCAAGAGGCAGAGGAAGCUGAAAAUGAAGAAACACAAGUACAAGAAACUGAUGAAGAAGACAAGAUUAUUACGGAGGAAACUAGACAGGGCAUAAUAGACUUCUUUUUGGGUAUGAAUGGGAUUGCAUUGUACGCGACUCGUGGAGAUGACUCGAGUGCGUGAAGGAGGGAAGGUGGUAACAUCAGAUUGGGUGGUAGGCCGCACAAGUUGUGACUCUGAACACCAUGAUUCGAUCAUGGGCAUCAUUUGCGGAAAGCUCAACACUUUGUGCUUUCGCUUGAACGAACGAAGCCGGGUUCAAUUUGUGAUCCUUUCAAGCCGUGUGCCUUCCCAAGGCCUGGUUGUUGGUAAAGCAUUUGAACACCACUCUUCACUUUUCCUUCCAAUCUGGGCAUUUGUUGCAUAGGGUGCCUAGCAUUCGUCCCGUUUGUUCUUUCUCAAUAUCAGAGCGCAUUAUCAACUGAAGCUUGGAUUCUCC